GCCCUUUCUUUCGUGCACGUCUGAGGCCGCUGCUAGAAAAUAUGGCCGUAGGUGUUAAGAAGCCGGCCGCCAAGGGCGCGGCGAAGAAGAAGGCCCUGGUCUUCACCAUCGACUGCUCCAAGCCGGUGGAGGAUAAGAUUAUGGACAUUUCUUCGUUUGAGAAGUUCCUGCUUGAUAAGAUCAAGGUGGACGGCAAGACGGGCGUGCUGGGCGAUGCCAUUAAGGUCGCCAAGGACAAGACGAAGGUGACCGUCACCGCGGAGACCAACCUCAGCAAGCGUUACCUGAAGUACCUCACGAAGAAGUACCUGAAGAAGCACAACGUGCGCGACUGGCUGCGCGUUAUUGCCUCUAACAAGGACAGGAACGUCUACGAGCUCCGGUACUUCAACAUUGCCGCGGACGAGGCUGAGGAGGACGAGUAAAGCGGCUUGGCGUAGCAGCUUGGACUGGAGCUCUGGCGCAGCUUUUUCGCCGCCGCAGCUUUUUGGCGCAUGCGUCGGCGGCGGUCUUGCGGGGCGGCUGCCUGGACCAGCGUUAGUGUUGUUGCUGAGGCGAAUGCAGCUGGUGUGCAGCGCUUGUAACGAGAGAAAAGUCCAUCUUGUUGUCCCUUCCGACCCAGGCAGUGCACUAUGGCAUCUUUCAUCGGGGCAUCAGCUUUGUUAGCAAUAGGCCGGAGGCAGCACCCACGAGUGCAUAGCAGCUGCUUAGCAGAUUGUAAGCCAACGUUGGUGAGUCUGGGCGGGCAUGUACUCCCCGCCUGCGUGCCAGUGUUGAGAGCUAUCCAUGUUGCCGCCUUGAGAGCUAUCCAUAGGUAACAGGGGGGGCCCACUUGCCCAGCGCAGCUGGGCUUUAUCUGCAGCUGCUAGGGGAAGCGGCAACAUGCUGGGUGAACAGGGG